AGUGCUCCGCCACCUUUCAAAUCGCUUACAACGCGUCAGCGCGACGCGGACGCUCCAAACGCAAAAAGAAAAACGGAACAGAGAAAAAGUAAUACGCACUGCAGCGCCACAGCAGCCGAAUAGGAACAACAACAAAAACAAGAACUGCGCAUGUAAAGCCGUGUUUUUAUUAUUAUUUGUUGUUGUUUUCUUUACGGUGUUUUGCUGUUAUUGCUUUCGUCGCAGACAACAAAAGUGGCAAAGUUUUCGCCACGGCAUUGCUCAUACGCCCCGUCUCUUGCAAAUUCGCACACACACACAAGCUCACACGCGCGCUAAUACAAGCGCACUUCUACAUACAAGUCCCGUCAAAUGAAAAAUACGAGAAACAUUGAAUAAUUAAAAGGGAAAAGAAAGAAAACGCCUUGGAAAUAGUCGGCGCUAAAAACCAAGAGGAACCAAGCGAGGGAAACGUUUAGAACAAGAGUUGCCUUAACAAUAGAACUUCCUUGUUGACUUACAUAUACAUAUAUACAAAUACAUAUACAGUGUACAUAUAUACAAGAAUAUUAUAUACAAAAUAUCACGGAAACUAGAAGCAUAUAAGUCAAAAAUAUAUACCAAUAUAUAUAUUUUUUAUACGAGAGAAAAAACAAAAAAAAAAAGGGAAAAAAUCGAGGAAUCGCAAAUCGAAAAUGCGCCUAAAAGAGACCACAAAAAAGUCGGCGCCAUCAACCAACAACCAACAUCAUCAUAACCAAAAGAUCGCCGUACCGCUUUCCGGCGAUCUACUGAGUACGCUGCACAUUUCGCCGCCCCUUCACCCACAUCAUCAUCAUCAGUUGCCGCUCUCCGUGCAGCUGCAACACCAGUUGCAACAGCAGCAGCAACAUCAGUUGCACCACCACCAGCAACGCUGCUCCAGCGUGGGCAGCACCAGCAGCAGCGGCACCUGCGAAACGGACCGCUCCGGAUCCUGUUCGUCGGCCCUUUCGCCCGCCGGCGGUGGCAUGAUGCCCGGCCUGGGUGCGAGCGAAGGAUUGGUUCCCGGAGGAGGAGGAGUCGGAGGAGGAGCAGCGAUACCAGGUGCAGGAGGAGCUAGUAGUGCCAGUGGUGGUCAGGGACAGGGACAGGGACCCAACGACGAGGCCUCCGCUGCCGCUGUGCUGGCUGCCAAUAUCGCCGAGUCUUUCACGUUCCUGCAACAGCAUGCGGCGCAUCAUUUUCGCGACAUUUUGUAUGCGGCCCACAUGCUGGGAAGAGGCUAUUAUCAGCCGGCUGGACCGCUGAUCUCGCCACAUGUGAUCGCCGCCCCGCCGCCGCAGGCGCAGGUGAAGAAGCUUCAGGAGGAGGACAGCGCGGCACCAGUUGCCGGUUCGCCGACACAGUUGCAGCAACAUCAGGCGGCCGCCGAAGCCGCCGACCAGGCGGCAGCAGCCCAGUCUCAUUCUCAUUCUCAGUCGCAAGCCAACCCAACCCACGGUCACGCCCACGCGCACGGCCACGCCCACAAUCCGCAACAGGCGCAGCAUCCGCCGCAGCCACAGCCGUAUCCGGCCAGCGCCGUGGCGGCCGCAGCCGCUGCAGCCGCCGCCCACCAGGGCGUGCCCUAUUCCCGCUCGAUGCACGCGGCCCAGAUGCACUACUCGACCGCCUAUCCGCCCAACUAUUACGCGCCAUAUCCGGGCGAGGUCAUGUGCUACUCGCCGCCCACCUACCAGCCGUACUUCUCGAGCAAGGUCUACCAGCCAUCGCAUCCCGGCCAUCCUGCCGCCCAUCCGCAAGGACCGCCGCCGCCGGGCGCCUAUCGCCGUUAUCCCUACUAUCAGCACGCGGGUCCGCCGCCGCCGCACGAGCUCUACGAACAGCAGCAGCCGCCCCCGCCGCCCGUCUCUGUCUCAACCGGAUCGCAACAGCAGCAGCAGCCGCCGACCAGCAGUUCAGGAGGAGCAGCAGGAGCAGGAGCGGCAGGAGCAGGAGCAGCUGGAGCGGGAGCACCCGCCGGCAGCCAAUUGGUGCCGGCACACCAGCAACAGCACCAGCAGCAGCACUUGGAGCACUACCCGGGGCCACCCAGCUACUACGCCGGCUACAGUCCCGGCGGAGGAGCCUCCUCCGGCCAGUGCUACACCCGCGGCCUGCAAGGACCGUAUAUGGAGUAUCCACCGCAGUGUCCCUGCCCAAUGCCUCAAUCGUGUCCAAAAAACGUCCAUACUGGGCCUCAUAUUGGUAGCAACAUAAUCAGCAACAUCGACCAGAGCGGCAGCAAGAACAGCAGCAGCAGCAGCAGCGGCAGCAGCAGCAGUUGCAGCAGCAACAUGUUGCUGAGUGCCACGAGCAGCAGCAACAGCAGCACCUUGACUGCCUGCAGCAACGCUACGACAACAACUACAGCGUCAGCGUUGACUACCAGUAGAGGCCCAGUGAAAAAUGUGACCCCCAACAACAGCGACAGUAGCAGCAACACCAGCAACAGUUGCAACAAGAACAGCAGCAGCAGCCAGACAAGUGAGACAACCUCACGGGCGACGGCGGCAACAAACACGACAAAUACGACGGCAACCACCGCCACAACGGGCACCCAGUGCCAGAUGCUCGUGAAGACGGAGCUCAAGGGCGAGAAUCCCAAUCCCAAUCCCAAUCCCCAGGUGACCAAGAUGCAGUACGAGGCCCAUGUGAUGCCGCCGCCCACUCCGCCGGAGAGCUACUGUGCCAGCGACGAGAAGCUGCUCGACGAUCAGGAGCAGGAAGCCGAGUUGGAGCUUCGAUUGCGUCUGGGAUUGCGCAUGGAGAAGGGUCACGGUGGGCAGCAGCAGCAGCAGCAGCACAUCGAGGCGUACGAUCUCACCUGCAGCACCCCGCCCCCAGUGAAUUCAGCACCUCAGGCGGCGGCGGCGGCGGCAGCAGCUGUGCCGCGCAAGGCGAGGAUCGGCAAGAGCAUGGCCAGGGAGAUGGUCUAUGCCGCCCAGCAGCAGUUGAAGCAGCCGAAGGAAGGAGCUUCGGCUAAGAUGGAACCAGCGGAACCAGAGAUGCCUUUCGUACUUAAAGCCGAAAUCAAAGCAGAGACCAAAAUCAAAAUCGAGCACGACGGUGAGGCGCAGGUCGGCAGCACACAUAUCAGCGAUUUGCCGGACCUCAAGCCCACCAUCAAAACGGAGCCAGAGCAGGAACAGGAACAGGAGCAGGAACAGCAGCCGGAUGCGGGAGUAGUAACAGCUGUGGCCAAAACGGAACCGGAGCAACAGGAUCAGGAUCAAGAACAACCUACGCCCGGUGGCAGCAAGCAGCGCAUCAAUUUGCUGGCCUCCUCCGGCGGCAACAAGAAGACCAAGACGAAUCACAGCUACAAGAGCCUGAUCAAGCAGGCAGAGCCCAAGAACUACCUGUGUCCCGGUCGUCGGUUCAUCCGUCGGCACGGCCGUGCUCCGGCCAAAUAUGCCAAGCGGCGUCAGAUGAUCCUCACGCAGCGACAGCAGCAGCGGAUGCGCCUGCAACGUCGCGAGCAGCAGCAGCAGCGACGGCAGCAACGCGAGGCGGCAGCAGCGGCAGUGGUGUCCUCUCCUUUAGGAGAACCUGCAAAGGAGACAGGAGCAGAACCUCCCAGCGUUACAGAGCAGGGAGCCACUCCCACCGCCUCGCCAAAGAGGGCGCGGCCACGGAAGCAGGAGAUUGCCGCACUGCAUCUGCUCGAAGGCCUGGACACGACGCUCAGUCGUGGCUACUUCAGUGACCCGGAGCUCAAUCACAGCAGUCGCAAGCAGGCGCCGACGGCAGUGGGCGGCCUCUAUGCCGCCUCCUCGCCGCUAGCACCAGCCACUGAUCACCGGGGCAAGCAGCCCGCGGCCGAGAAGCGCUCCAAGUCGGAGACCAAGAAGCCAGCGGUUGGAGAGAUCUCGGAUUCAGCCUUGCCAUGUAAAAAGCCCCGCAAACAGACCGCUGGAAAAGCCAAGGGCAAGAGCAAGAAGUCAACGGGAGGAGGAGCAGCCGCGACAGUUGCAUCCUCCACUGCCGAAAUGCAGUCGGCAGCGGUGUCAUCAGGAGCCAGUGGAUCCAGCCAGGAGACGAACAACAACGAGUAUCAGACGGCAGAUCUGCAGGCUCAGAAGUUCCGUGAGUCAACGGCUGAAACAGAAGCAACGGGAACAUCAGCCAACCAGCAGCAACAUUCCGAUGAGCAACACCAGUUUCUGGUGCCCAAUCAACCUGCAGUGGGAGCAACUGCCGUUGCACCAACUCCCCCUCCUCCUUCGACGACUCCCAGCCGUCAGAAUCAGACGACGCACACGAAGCGGGCCAGAUCGCGUUGCAAGUUCGGCAAUCGGAAGCGCCAACGGCAGCGACCCGGGGGCGUGAGCUACGAACUGGACGUCACCCAGCCGCCGGCAACUAAGGCCAAUGUGGUGCCCAAGUGGAACAACGGUUGGAUGUGGGCGGGCACCGCCUUCCAGGGCGCCGUCUUUCUCAAUAGCGAUGAUCCGCUGGUGCUGCGCACCUGCUACCCGGCCAUGCGGCACGUGGAGGGCGACAUCAUCCGCAUCAGGGACUGUGUGCUGCUCAAGGCCAACGAGGACAACGAAUUGCCCUACGUGGCCAAGGUGGCGCAUCUCUGGCAGAAUCCCGAGGAUGGCGAGAUGAUGAUGUCGCUGCUGUGGUAUUACAGGCCCGAGCACACUGAUCAGGGAAGGCAGCGCAACGAUUGUCCCGACGAGGUGUACGCCUCCCGGCACCGCGAUCACAACUCGGUGGCCUGCGUCGAGGACAAGUGCUAUGUGCUCACCUUCAGCGAGUAUUGCAGGUAUCGUCGCCGCCUGCGUGCCGCCGAGGAGGAUGUGGAGGACGUGAGCAUUGUGCCCCGUCGACCGAGCAGUGCCAUCGCCACCGGAUUCCCAGUGCGCACGGUGCCGGAGCAUACGAAUCCGGAGCUGGUGAUGUUCUGCCGUCGGGCCUACGAGUUCCGGACGCGUCGCCUGCUCAAGCUGCCCCAGAAGAACGGGCUCGUUUGCAGCUCCAGCUAGCGCAAGGCAUUGAACUGUGGAGUGUAGGAACAUUAGCUUAAAUUCAGAUUGCAGUGCGGUGCAAUUGGAGCAGCGAUGAGAUGAGUUGAGGAGAAAGCCCUGGCAGAGAAUAAGAAAAGGCGUAGGAAGAAAGUUAAAUUGUUUUGAUCAGUCUACAGUAUUGUUAAAGAUAUUUUUUGUCUUUGUUGUUGAGAGAGAUAUCUGUAAGGAGGAAA